GUCAGAGAAUCCAAAUAGCCCUUUAACAUACCCAAUGAGCAAAUAAUUUAUCAAAUCCCCCUUUACUGCUUUUGAAAUGAUACUAUUUGGUUGUUAAUUUCUGUCUUGAUCAUGCUAAUGAAUCGACUUUGCUCAUCUUUUGUGACCCAAAGAAGAAUUCUGUAUUAUUUCAGCACAAAAUCUGCACUUAUUCCUUCAUCAUCUUCAUCUCUGGAUCUUCGAACUAUUUCCAACUCAAAACCCAUCUUAAACCCUCUUUAUUCCUUCCUUCCAGAUACUCAAAAUCCUAAUAAUUUAGUCAAUUUUAUUUGUUCAGCUCUUAAAGAACCCAAUUUACAAACAACCCUUUUGUCUAAUCACUGCCAACAUCUCAUUCCUUACUUGGGUACCAAAGAGAUUUCUAGGGUUUUGCUUAGAUGUCAAAGCGAGUCUCAAUCUGGUCUUAUUUUCUUCAAUUGGGUGAGGUAUGAUCUGGGAAUCACCCCAAGUUCUCAUAAUUACUGUAUUCUUAUUCAUUUAUUGGUUUGGUCUAGAAAAUUUGUUCAAGGCAUGAAAAUUUUGUGUGAAUUAAUCCAAUUAGAGUCAAGUAAUAGUGAAGAGAUUGAUGUUUUACAGGGUUUAGUUUCUUGUUCUGAGGAAUGUAAUUGGGACCCAGUUGUGUUUGAUAUGCUUAUAAAAGCUUAUGUGAAAGAUGGUUUGAUUAAGGAAGGUUAUAGGGCUUUUAGGAAAAUGGUUAAAUUGGGUUUUGUGCCUCAUGUUUUGGCUUUCAAUUGCUUGUUGAAUGGACUAUUGAAGGUGAACUAUGUUGAUAAAUGUUGGGAAUUAUAUAAAGAGAUGUGGAGAAUUGGCAUUAACCCGAAUACAUGUACAUUUAAUAUUUUUACUAAUGUGUUGUGUAAGGAUCAUAAUGUAGUGAAGGUGAAUGAAUUCAUGGAGAAAAUGGAGGAAGAAGGAUUUGUGCCUGACCUUGUGACAUAUAAUACUCUAAUUGGAAGUUAUUGUAGAAAUUAUGGGUUAGAUGACGCUUUUUAUCUGUAUAAAAUUAUGUAUAGGAGGGGUGUAGUUCCUGAUUUAGUCACAUAUACAUCAUUAAUGAAUGGACUUUGUAAGGUUGGAAAGUUGAAGGAAGCUCAUCAGGUUUUUCAUAGAAUGAUUGAAAGAGGAUUGACUCCAGAUAUUGUAUCAUAUAACUCCCUUAUCCAUGGUUAUUGUAAAGAGGGUAGGAUGAAAAAAUCUAGGCUCUUAGUUCACGAGAUGAUUGGAAAGAGCAUUAUCCCGGAUAAUUUCACAUGUAAAAUUCUUUUAGAAGGAUAUGCGAAGACACGCAGUUGGCAUUCUUGUUUAAAUAUGGUUUUGGAGCUUAAAAGGUUUGGAGUUGUAAUUACUUAUGAUAUAUACAAGUAUCUAGUUGUUUCUUUGUGUCAAGAUAAUCACCCUUUUGCAGCUGUUAAACUUGUAAAUAGAAUGUUGGAAGAUGGUUACGAGACAGACGAGCAUAUAUAUGAUAACUUGAUGAAAUCAUUCUGUGAUAAUGAUCACCUAGAAGAAGCAUUGCUAUGUAAAAGUAAGAUGCUAGAAAGGAAUAUAAAACCAUGUUUAGGCAUAUAUCAAAAUCUUAUAAGAUGCUUGUGUAGGUCAGGAAGAUGUUUGGAGGCAGAAGUUCUAAUACAAGAAAUGACUCUAUAUGAUCUUAAACCCGAUUAUGCGAUCUGUAGAGCUUUGGUAUUCGGGUAUUGCGAAGCUAAAAAUGUUGACAAAGUAGAGUCCUUGUUGUAUUCACUUGCUAUGAAGUAUCACUUUUAUGAUACUCAUAGUUAUAAUCAGCUGCUUAAGAUCAGGAGUGAGCAAAGUAGUGCUACUGAAUUGAUGGAAUUACAGGAUAAGAUGCUGAAAUUGGGAUUUGUACCUAAUGGUUUGACUUACAAAUAUGUUAUUCAGGGAUUGCAGAAUGCAGUUAUUAAGGAUAAGGACAAGGACAUUUUACUCGUUUGUUAGAAAUGAUGGAAUUAGGAGUUGUUGAUGCUUAUAUGUUCACUCUCUUAUUGUUCUUGAUGGGGUUUUGCUGAUCUCGAAGAACAAUGAUUUUGCUGCUGAUGAUGUUUCUUUUUCGACAAUUUCCGAAAUUCCGACACCUGAGACUUGGGAGUUCUUAUGUUGAUAAUUUGCGGAUGGAAAGAAGGGCGUUCACACACCAUCCCCUCACCUUCAAGGAAGGGUGGCAAGUGUCUGCACGUCAGAUUCGACCCAACCGGUUGAGCUCGAACUAUUAUUUAAAAAAAAAAUUCAAAAUAUGGGUGGCCAAGUCUGCCUAGCCGAUGAGUAAAACGAGUUUGUGGAUAGAUUUUUAUCGGCAAAUUCGGUUUGCUACCUGUUCGAACCCGCCCAUGGGACAUGUUUACCUCAAGAUUCCGGUUCAAAGUGUAUAGCAUGUUCAAAGUGAAAAUUCUGGAGUUAAAAAAUUGGUAUUUCAGUUACUGCCCAUACAUUGUCCUAUGCGAAAUUACGUCUAUAAUCCAGAGAAGUAAAAAAAAAAAUUUACCUUUCAUUUUUAAUAGUUGCUAGAGUCACUAUAAUUAGUAAUUACUGUUUAUUAAUUAAUCUUAUUUGAUAUAUAUUUCUCUACAUAUUAUGUAAAACAUUGUCAAGAUUUUUGUUAAAUUUGUCUUAAUAUAUAUUUUCAUAG